UUCAGCUACGGCGACGACAACCUGGCGCCCAACACGGCCGCCAUCCAGAUGACGUUCCUGCGCCUGCUGUCCACCGAGGCGUCUCAGAACGUCACGUACCACUGUAAGAACAGCGUGGCCUAUAUGGAUGCUGCCGCCGGCAACCUGAAGAAGGCCGUGCUGCUGCAAGGCUCCAAUGACGUGGAGAUCCGCGCCGAGGGCAACAGCCGCUUCACCUACAGCGUCAUGGAGGACGGCUGCACGGUAGGAAUAUUCUGUUAUUCAGUUGAGUCUUUCAGAAAUACAUGCUCCAUAUUGGUGUUGGGGUUUCAAAGUACGGUUUCAAAUUAGGGCUACCAUUUCCAAGUAUGGUUACAUUGGGGUUAGGGUCUCAAAAGGGUUUCAAACUCAGGUUAGUGUUUCCAAAUAGUGUUUCAUACUUGGGUCAGGGUUUCAAAUUAGGGUUUCAAACUGGGGUCGCAUUUUCACUUAGUAUCAAA